UCCUUCUCUCACGCACUCCUCCAAACCUCGCUUCCCCCGUCCCCAUCCCCAAACCCUAACCCUAACCCUAAUCCCAUCUUUAGACAGCGUAAUUUCUCAGCUAUCCCCCAUUCCCUUCAUUCAUAUACCCCCCCUUGCCUUCUCCAACCUCCCCACCAACCCUUCUCCCAUGAAGCGAGCUCACAAAUCCAAGCCUGGCGGCGGCCGUGUCCACCCCUCGCCGACCUACCCAUCGAUGGCUUCUUUGCCCACUGCCAUCCUCGCCUUGGUCGCCGUCCUCUCGCCGGAAGAACAAGAGGUGCUCGCGUACCUCAUCUCUGGCGAUAAGGGGAAACGACGAGCGCCGCCGCGGCAGCAUGAGCCGGAGCUCAGCUGUGAUUGCUUUGGUUGCUAUAAGAGCUUCUGGGCUCGUUGGGAUGCGUCGCCAAAUCGGCAUCUGAUCCACAGGAUUCUUGAUGCGUUUGAGGAGAAGCUUGAGGAUGAAGGCAAGAAGGGUUUUCAGGUGAAGAAAGCCCGGCGGAGCCGGCGCCGGAAUGGCAAGGGGGUUCCGGCGAGUGACGAUCUUGACGCUGUGGAGAAGGAGAUUAAGGGCUUUGAUUCAUUGGAUGGACACGUGGAUGGUGCUGAUGAUGGUGAUGGUGAUGAUGAUGAUGAUGAUCAUCGUCGUGGUGGCGGUGAUGAUAGUGGUGGUUCUGGUAACGCCGGUGAGAGUAAGAGCUCUGUCUUCAGGUUGGUGACUUUUAUUGGUGAGAAAGUUUGGGCCGUUUGGAAUUAAU